AUGUCUCUCCCUCGCGAUGCACGCAGACUCUCUCCCCAUAUCCCCGACUCCGUUGCCUCUGUCUCUGACGGAACCGAUGCUCCUUCCCCUCCACCGAGCCCGCCGCCACCUCCGGCCCCGACUCCCAACUGGGACCUCCCGCGGCUCGAUCAUGACUACAUCGUCAAUCUCAACUGCGGCCACAUCGGCGCGGCGGUGGCUGGAAACGGCACCGCUCGCGAAAUAGUCGACGCUUGCAUCACAACCUGCUGCGUAAGACUUGUCGCCGAGGAGGUGACGACGCUGCUUUUCAAGGAUCGCCGCGAGGUACAGUUCCAGGAUAUGAUCCAGGUGGCGGUCAACUACUCCCUCCGUAGUAUCUAUCAGAACGAAGAGUUCCAACGCUUCUUCCGAGGCUACGCUAGAGAGGAAAUACGACAACAGCUUGGGGACGCGGCUGUCAUACAGCCGCACCACCAAUCCUUCAUUCGCGUCCCUGCUGCGUCCGCCAACUCUGCCAGGGACCAGCCCGCCACUUCGGCAUCCACGGCUUGUGAUAACGUACCCACCGGAAACCAGCGCGCAGCGGUCGCUUCACCCUCCCCGGGUCCUGAUCGCACGCCUUCUCGUUCGUCGACGGCAGCUUCACCCUCCUUGGCACGCGGUGACGCAACUCCUCGCGCGUCGACGACAGCAUCGUCAUCCACGUCUCGUGAUGAUGCGAUCCCUCGGGAACCGUCUUCCAACGUAGCCCAGGUCUACAGAACCAGGCGGUACGGCUCCAUUGACCCCAACAGGGAGGGCCUCGGUGUCAUUCCUCUCGACGGCGUCGUCAACCGAAACCUCGAUGCGGAGACUCAUGGCCUGGUCUUCCGCCUUCCCCGUAGGUUCGCUAUACUGCAGGACAAUACCGAAGUCAUGUACUAUACGCCUGAGACUGGGACUGGCGCUCCCUUCUACUGGGUGCCAUACGGGCGUGCCAUUGGUGUAUUCACCUCUAAAUUCCUCUCGCUGUGGGCCGGAGAUCCCGAGGCAGAGGCUUACCAGGUGGGCUCGCUUGAACAGGCGUUCGUCGGUCUUGAGAACGCCCUGUUCGAAAGGCGUUUCCGCAUCCUUCGUUGA